AUGUAUGGAUAUUGCAGAUAUUCUGCGAAUAUAGCUAAAAGAUAUCCGGGUAAACGUGGUAUAGCAUUCCUGGUUAGUGUAAAUAGAUUUUUGACAUAUAAUAUCACACAAACUUUUUGUCAUUUUUCAGUGAGUAGAGAUUCAGAUGAGCAUUUCAAGCCAGAAUAUAUCAAUUUUAGAGCAAUCCAACUUUUUGGAGGGAAUGGAGGAGGAGGAGUAGGGAAACGUUUAAUCGAGAAAAUAUUUAAUUAUUUAACAAGUCCAAUUAAUUGGAUUGGAAAGAAAGCAUUAAAUAGUAAAAAUAAAAUAUUUGGUCAAAUUUAUAAAAAAAUAAAUUUAAUUAUGGAAAUAAUUAAUUCUUUUGUUUUGAGAAAAACUCUUUUAGAGAAUUUGUUUAUUCCUCUCUUUUAUUAUCAAAAAAUUUAUGGAAAAAAUUUGACAGAAAAAAUGGGGAAUUUAUUAAAUAAUUUCCGAAAAAACGAUUUAAAAGAGGAAAAAACUUGGAUUAAAAUUAGAAAAGAUUUUGGAAAUUUAUUUGAAGAAAUUGAAAUUUUUGUUAAAAUUUUGGGAAAUGAUAAUGAAGAGGAAAUGUUGAGUGAAAUGAAAAAAGAAGGGAAAAUUGUUGAGGAAAAUAAAAAUUAUUUUUUAAAAUUUUUUGAAGAAAUUAAUUUAAAUGGAAUGUUUUUUAAAUCAUUUAAAAAUAAUUUUGGAAAUGAUGAAGAAAAAAAUGUUGUUGUUGAUUGGUUAAAUAUAAAAAAAUGUUUUGGGGGAGAAAACACUUCAAUUUCUAAUUCAAUUCAAUUAAUUCGAAAAAAACGACAUUAUUACAAAGAUAUUAGAGAUUAUAAUAUGGCUGAUAAGGUGGUGUUUUUUAUCUUUGUAUAUCUUGGAUUUGGCGGUUUUGUUGGCAUAUUCGGAUCAACUAUCUUAGUUGCGAUGAUUUUCGACGAAAUUAAAUGUCCUGUGCCAUUUAUUCAUUUAUCAGAAAUUAAUUUGCCUGAAAUGCGUCUACCAGAAUUUUUACGAAGAACAAAUCAAAAUCCUCCUCCUCCCCAACAACAACCUAUCAGAAAUCCUCAUACUGGAAAUAUUGUUACUGAUCCAAAUGAAUUAUUGGAAUUAGGAUAUCAACCUAGCGAUCCUGUUCGAUAUGAUAAUUAUGUUUCCCGUUAUGGCCAACAGACUCGUUAUCGUCGGGGGAUAAAGGAUAAUCAGAAAGGUUAG